AUGCCGAAAUAUAAGUCCGCCUUCUGCUCAAUCGCUGUUCUCUUACUGACAAUCGACUACUCUUCUGUAGGCGAUUAUUGCGAUGUCUACCUCACUCACGACAGUAUGAGCGUGAGAAAGGCCCACAACAGCGGUCGCAACCAUCUACGAAACGUCGUCGAUUACUACCAACAAAUCGGACACGAAAAGGCACAAUCGGUUAUUGAUAGCAUCACUUCCUCGUAUGCCGCCGAAGGACAGGCAAGCGCGAACCCCAUGUUGCCCGGCGGAACCCAUGCUGGUGUAGCAGCCAUGCCCUUCGGCUUCCCUCCCGGUAUGGCCCCACCACCUGGCGGUAUGCCAUUCCCUCCUCCAGCCGGCGGUCGCGGUAUGCCACCUUUCCCCUUCCCACCAAACGGCAUGCCUCCUUUCCCUCCCAAUGGAAUGCCCUUCCCUCCUCCGACACCCGGUGGCGCAGCUGGAUCACCACCUCAAGGCAUGCCUUUCCCUCCUCCUGGCGGUAUGCCCUUCCCUCCACCGGCUGGUAUGCCAUUCCCUCCCAUGGGUGGCCCGAGUCCUGGACCUGGCGCCGGACUCCCUCCACCUGGAAUGCCCAUGUCGCACGACCCAAGACGCCAAUAG